CAAUUUGACACGACCGUACCAUGUUUUCCUUAUUUUUCAGUGCAGACCAGGCACUGCAAAAACUUCGAAGUUCCUAGUUAAUUGUCGACAAUUGUCAAGAAUGACUAGUCUUUUGAAGCAAGUUCUUACUGGAUCAGAGAAAAGCUGUGCUGUGACCAUUCAUGACACAGUGGAACAUAGUGGAAGAUACUUGCUGAAAUGUUUCUUGAAAGAAAUGGCAGAAAGAGUCGAUGAGAUUCACCUCUUUGCCUUUGACCAUGCCCCUGAUGCUCUCUUGGCUGGAACUGACCCAGAGACAAGGAGAAAGGUCAAAGGUCAUGAUGGAUGGACUGACCCUCAAGGCUGGAAUAGUGAUCGCAACAUGAUACCUUCCAACUACAACACAAUCCACCUCACAUCGGAGAAGGGAUUUGUGGAUCACAUAAAGGAGAGGAAGGAGCCCGGUAGCGGUCAGAUAGCUGUGGUCAUCGACUCCCUCACACCUUACAUCCUCCAUCGGUCAGCCCCGUUCACCUGCAAGAGCCUUCAUGCGCUGACCCAUCUACCGGAACCAUCAGAAUUCCAGGUCACCCAGGUGGUCAGUUUGAUCCAUUCCGACGUCCAUGACGAAUCUGUCCUGAGGGCCAUCGGUCACCUAUCUUCCACGGUCAUCCAUGUAUCGGCCAACAUGUCCAUAGCUCCGCUGGACAGAGAGCCCAUGGGCUAUUGUGAUAUCCAACACAAGAGAUCAUCGGGGAAGGUCUUACAAAAGAGAGAAGGCUAUAGUAUAGGAGACAGCUAUCAACUCAUCACAUUCCUUGGUUUACCAAGUACUAAUACGACAGAGCCAGACCAACAGCCCGAUCCAACAGCCAAUUUGACUUUCAAUUUGACCUUGAGUGAAUCGGAGAAGAAAGCCAGAGAGAAUGUUGUCUUGCCAUUUACCAAAGUAUCUAACAACUCAACGACUGGAUCAGGUCAAAUCUUUUACGAGCCCGAUCAGGUUGAUGACUACGAUGACGAAGAUCCGGACGACGAUCUCGACAUCUAGGUCAUCGACCACGGACUGCUCUCCAGUUUGGUCCUUCCUGAAGAAUAGUUGCAAUUCCUGCCAAGUUUGUCUUCUCAGAAAGGGUAUUUCUUGAUUAUUUUGUUAUAACAGCUGCAGAAUUCCCCUAUAAACGUCCUGUUCCCCUAGCCGUACUCCAAGGCUUAGUGUUACAUUAAAUUCAACAAUAAUUUGGGGUUAAGGGUUAAAUUGUAGAUGUAAGUUGAUGGUGAUGGCUAAAUUUUAUGAUUAUAAUGAUUGCAAUAUUUAAUAAUAGUAUUGAUGGUUAUAGUGUAAAUGUGAUGAUGAUCAUGAUGAUGAUGGUGAUGAUGAUGAUGAUGGUGAUGAUGAUGGUGAUGAUGAUGGUGAUGAUGAUGAUGAUGGUGAUGAUGAUGAUGAUGAUGAUGAUAAUGAUGAUGGCAAUGGUGAUAAAAAUGUUACUUACUAGUUUUACAUGCAUUUUCAUACUUUGAUACUUUGAUUCAUCUUGAACUAGCAAUUUUCCUUACUCAUACUUGGUAUUUCCAUUCCAGUAAAAACUAAUCCAGGCUAGCCCUUUAUAUCUAGGGUCAGAUAAUUCUGCAUUAUCUUCUGAUUAAGCCCAUUUUGUGAAAGGUGAGCUUCACAUAAAAAGGAAAUGUUAUAAGAUUAAUCGUAAGAAAUGAUUAGGUUUUGGUUGGAUGGCUAUGAGUCCUUAUCGUACCUAUUCUUGUGGGUUGUUAAAAAAAUGUUGUUAUAAUGAAAAAGUAGAAACACCCACCAAUAUCUCCAAUUAUAAAAUCUUCACCUUAUUAGUCCCAGUAAUAUAAAUUGUUGUGGGGAUUCUGCAGUUGUAAAUUUGUUUUUCAUUGUGUGAAUGUUACUCAGGUUUUAGAAGCAAGAUGCUCCUUUUUUUAAAUAAAGUUGAUUAUUGUGAAUGUUGAUGAAUCGUUCUUAAAACCGGGGUCCCGUUUCAUAAAGACUUGUUAUAAUAAAAAAUGCACUGUUUCUCUAACAAGUUCAAUAUCAGCCAAUCUGAUUGAGUGAUUUAUUAGCUUUAAACUGUUAUUGCAAAUUUAAAUAAUUUGCAUAUUAUAACAAGUUUUAUUAAACGGGCCCCCAUUCUUCCAUAAUUCUCGCUACAAAUGCAAUCUUUGGGUUUUGCACACUUUAAAUUUCAAUCAAAGCUCAACAGUUUUUAUUGUGUAUAUACAUUAUAAGUAAUGGGUUAUUUUCAUGUUUUGUGUAUUUGUGCAUCUAACUCAUAUGUAAAUUAAAUGGCCAGAAUAUUUAUUACCUCAAGUUAAAAGGAGUAAAUUACCAACACGAGUGACUGAUGAGUGUGUGUAAUGCAUAAUUUUUCUCUCUUUUUCAUCAAAAAUUGUAAUAGCUAAGAAAAUUAACAGUUUUGGUUUUCUGGUCAAUGUUGCAUGUUCGUUGGAAGUGUUUAUUGAAAUUUGAGUCUUUGCACGCUGAAUUAAUUUUUUGGGCAUAAUAAUGACAAUUGUUUCCAUGUUAUUUUCUUGAAUUCAAGAUUUCCAUAUUGCACCAUUGAUACUUAUUAUUAUGAUAUAGAUGUUAUCCAAGAACUAUUGCCUAUUAUUAGCUUAUCUUAUUUGAAGGUAGGGAAAAGGCUAAUUAUUACGAUUGUUGAACUUAAUUGUACGAAUGUGCAAGAUUGCAACAUCAGCGUGCAAAGGGUUAAACUGUGUAUUCAAUUGAUAUCCAACGUAUUCCAUAAUUUGGUUUGGUAUUGGAAAGCAUGUGAAGAGUACUACUGCCCUUUUCUUCCUGAUUUAACAUUAUAAUUUUUCCCCUUUUAAUUUAUGCAAAUUAGAUGGAUAUAAUCACAUAUUAAUUUAUGUUUUAUUUGAAAAUGUAGUAAAGAAAUCAAUCAAGUAUCAAGUUUUUUUAUGGGGAGCAUGGAUUGUCACCCAGGUGUAGUUAAUGAGUAGCUGGUAGGAAAUAUUUCCUUGAUGCCUUAUUAGGGUAGCCAUGCUUAAAAACAUGUCAAGCAGUGCUCGCUGGGAGGAUAGUGGCUACUCUAGUAAAAUAUGACAUUGUUAUUAUAAUCAUUUUUUUAUCAUACUGAAGUUAGGGUUGUGUUUUCAAAGUCUUAAUCACUGUCUUUUAGAAAUUCAAAGUGUUACGUAAUGGAUUCUCUAUUCUGUACAAAUAUUUAAAAAAAUAAGUAUUCAGCCUUCUGGCAUUAUCAUGAAGACCCCAGCUGCUUGUUCUUGUUGAUUAACACUGGAAAAUUGUUCCAUUAGCUCAGGAUAAUCAUCAAAAUGGGAAAGUUGAAUAAAAAAAAAGGGUUCUUGGGCACAGGUGUGUCUUGAUGAAACAAAUAGUGAUUAUCACAGACUAUUGUCACAAGCUACUGGAAAUCCUUGCAUCUGAUUGGCUCAGAGCAAAUUAGUCAGUGAAAAUCACCUCGUGAAACUCUCCCCGGGCUGUCCAAAAUAAUUUCAUGCUUAAUGAUGGGAAGACUACGCAAUUGUUUUUCUUCAUAUAUACCUUCUAUCCUUUUCAUGGUUAUUACAAAACACAUCUGAGCCGAUAACUUGAAACAGGAUGUGUGCAUUUUUUUUCAGUAAUGUGUUUCAAAUUAUAUACAUGUGUUUUUAUAUAAUUUUUUCCACAAAUGUCACGAAUGAUCGAGUGUUCAUUAAAUUUUAUUGAGAGUGUUUUUCGUCUGUCAAUGUACGUUCAAUCACCUCGUAGGCUUAUGUUUAAUAAUGUUCACAAACUGAAAUCUCAUUCUUUUUAAUGCAGGUAAAAAUAUGCAUUUUGCUUAUAAAAAUGUUUUUGGAGUAAACUUUGAAAACCUUCAAUAAAUUCAACCUGGGUGUAUGGAAAUGUGUUCUGUUAAAUAACUUUAAAACCUUAUCUAAGUCCACGAGGAGCCUGUUACAGAAAGAGUUGCAAUUAAAUGCAAUUGAGAAAAUCAAGCGCAAGUUCCGAAUGCGGCUUACUGAUGGGAUGAGUACCAAGUUACGAUUGAUAUUUUUCAGUUGUGUUUGAUUGCAUCUCCCUUAGAAACCUGCUCUAGAUGGUUCUUUAUGGAGCGUUAUGAAGUUAAUUCUGAAUCACCAUUUUCACAAAUUGUUCCAAGAGACAAAGAACAAAUUUGAGAUAUACAGUAUGCAUUCAAAGUUGAGAUUUUUUUGUAGCAGUUUCAGAGAGCUAAAAAUAUGCAUUUUCAUUUAUUCAUUUUUUUUUCAUAACAUGAGACUGCAUCGAUAGUCGAGAUCAAAAUAUCACAUCUUUGUUUUUUCAUUGAUUUGAAACUGUUGGGACACUUUGUGUAAAUGAUGAUGAU